GAGAGAGAGAGAGAGAGAGAGAGAGAGAGAGGUGUGACUGAGUUUUCCCCACAGUUCUCUUCUCUUCACGGAGGUGAAACGCAAUGCCGGAGUGAUGUAAAGGAGAAAUGACACGGCGUCCUUGCGCAUGACAUGUUGUCCUUGCGCAAUUUGCGCUCAUCCAUCCAUCAAUCCAUCCACCGCUCUUCUCCUUCUCGUUCUUCGUCUCCCUACUUGUUCUUCUGCUAAAUACGCGAUCAGGACCUGAACGAGGACGUCACCUUCCACAAAGAGUUGCUUUGCAAACGGACAUCUCGUUUUUUCCCCCCUGCGUCGCUUCGGUGCUUCUGCGCUUUACUUUCCAUGAUGGUUGAUCUCGGGGAAGCUUGGAUUUGAAGCACCCUGUGUUGGAGUCACUAUGGCAACGGGAGUAGCGGCAUGGCUCCCUUUUGCCCGGGCAGCUGCCAUUGGCUGGAUGCCAGUGGCCAACUGCCCCAUGCCUGCCGCACCCAGGGAACACACUAAAAAACAAGAUCAGUUGAUCAUCUUGAAUGUCAGUGGACGCCGCUUCCAGACCUGGAGGACCACACUGGACCGUUACCCUGACACUCUUCUUGGCAGCACAGAGAAAGAAUUUUUUUAUAACGAGGAAACAAAGGAGUAUUUCUUCGACCGUGAUCCGGAUGCCUUCCGCAGUGUUCUUAACUUUUAUCGUACAGGAAAGCUCCACUAUCCUCGCCACGAGUGCAUCUCAGCCUACGACGAGGAGCUCGCCUUCUUUGGGAUCAUCCCAGAGAUUAUCGGAGACUGUUGUUAUGAAGAGUACAAGGACCGCAAACGGGAGAAUGCCGAGCGCCUCAUGGAUGACCAGGAGGAAAACAAAGAGGGCAAGCUGCCUAAUAUGAACUUUCGUGAAACUAUGUGGAGAGCCUUUGAGAACCCUCAUACCAGCACCAUGGCCCUGGUGUUCUACUAUGUCACUGGCUUCUUCAUCGCUGUUUCUGUUAUCACCAACGUAGUAGAAACCGUCCCCUGUGACUCCACACCAAGCCAGAAGGAUGUGCCGUGUGGUGAGCGCUACCACGUUGCCUUCUUCUGCAUGGACACUGCGUGUGUGAUGAUCUUCACAGUGGAGUACCUGCUACGCCUUUUUGCUGCACCUAGCCGCUACCGCUUCAUGCGCUCGGUCAUGAGUAUCAUUGAUGUCGUGGCCAUCUUGCCCUACUACAUUGGCCUGGUCAUGACUGACAAUGAGGAUGUGAGUGGCGCCUUUGUCACGUUGCGUGUCUUUCGUGUUUUCCGCAUCUUCAAGUUCUCACGCCAUUCCCAAGGCCUUCGCAUCCUAGGAUACACACUUAAGAGCUGUGCCUCCGAGCUCGGCUUCCUCCUCUUCUCCCUCACCAUGGCCAUCAUCAUCUUUGCCACGGUUAUGUUCUACGCUGAGAAGGGAUCAAGCUCAAGCAAGUUCACUAGCAUUCCUGCAUCUUUCUGGUACACCAUCGUCACAAUGACCACUCUCGGAUACGGAGACAUGGUUCCUAAGACGAUCGCCGGGAAGAUUUUCGGCUCCAUCUGCUCCCUGAGCGGGGUUCUGGUAAUAGCCUUGCCUGUGCCUGUCAUCGUGUCGAACUUUAGCCGAAUCUAUCACCAGAACCAGAGAGCAGACAAGCGGCGUGCUCAGAAGGUACAGAAAACCCGUCUGGCCCGAAUAAGAAUAGCCAAGAAGGGCAGCUCCAACGCUUACCUGCAGAGCAAACGCAACGGCCGCCUCAACGAGCUGCUGGAUCUCACUGGCUCAGAAGAAGAGGAGCAGCACAUGAAUAAGAUCCCUUCGUUAUUGGAGAGUCAACACCACCACCUACUGCACUGCCUGGAGAAAACCACUGCUCAUGAGUUUGUGGAUGAACAGUUGUAUGAGCAGAAUUGUAUUGAAGGAGUACCGCAGCUGCAGAACUUUCCUUCUCGCAGCCCCUCUUUCUCGAGCAAUGAGGACUUCACAGGAUCCUGCUGCACUCGCCGCUCACGCAAAAGACUUGCGCUGCCUAACGCCAGUCUGUCCACCACACACACGCACACACACACGCAGGACCUGCAAGAGCUGAGCGCCAUCCACAUCCAAUGUGGAGAUCAGCUGAGUCUCGGACCGAGGUGAACGAGUGGUGAAGCCUCUAUAGAUCCAAACCCU